AUGGGGGACUGGAGCCUGCUGGGGUGGCUGCUGGAGAGUGCCCAGGAGCACUCCACAGUGGUGGGGAAGGUCUGGCUCACCGUCCUCUGCGUCUUCCGCAUCCUGGUGCUGGGGGCGGCUGCCGAGUGGGUCUGGGGCAAUGAGCUGUCUUGUUUCUCCUGUGACACGCAGCAGCCUGGCUGCGAGAUUGCCUGCUAUGACAGCACCUUCCCCAUCUCCCACCUCCAUUUCUGGGUCCUGCAGAUCAUCUUCGUCUUCACCCCCAGCCUCGUGUACCUUGGCCACAUCCUGCACCUGGUGCAUAUGGAGAAGGCGCAGCAGCAAGCGGCGGUACAGGCUGGUGGCUGGGCUGGGAGGCAGCGCCCCAGGCAGCCCCAGGUCCCUGUGGGGGAUGCACAGGGACAGGUCUGCAUGCAGGGAGCUAUCCUGAGGACAUAUGUCUGCAAUGUCAUCUUCAAGGCUCUCUUGGAAGUGAGCUUCAUUGUGGGCCAGUACGCCUUGUAUGGGUUCCAGCUGAAGCCUCUCUACACCUGCAGCUGCUGGCCCUGCCCUAAAACUGUCAACUGCUGGGUCUGGGGCAAUGAGCUGUCUUGUUUCUCCUGUGACACGCAGCAGCCUGGCUGCGAGAUUGCCUGCUAUGACAGCACCUUCCCCAUCUCCCACCUCCAUUUCUGGGUCCUGCAGAUCAUCUUCGUCUUCACCCCCAGCCUCGUGUACCUUGGCCACAUCCUGCACCUGGUGCAUAUGGAGAAGGCGCAGCAGCAAGCGGCGGUACAGGCUGGUGGCUGGGCUGGGAGGCAGCGCCCCAGGCAGCCCCAGGUCCCUGUGGGGGAUGCACAGGGACAGGUCUGCAUGCAGGGAGCUAUCCUGAGGACAUAUGUCUGCAAUGUCAUCUUCAAGGCUCUCUUGGAAGUGAGCUUCAUUGUGGGCCAGUACGCCUUGUAUGGGUUCCAGCUGAAGCCUCUCUACACCUGCAGCUGCUGGCCCUGCCCUAACACUGUCAACUGCUACACCUCCCAGCCCACCGAGAAGACCAUCUUCAUCUUCAUGCUGGGAGUAGCCUGCGUGUCCCUGCUGCUCAACCUGGUGGAGAUCUACCACCUGGGUCUCACUAAAUGCUGGCAGGGGCCAAGGUCCAAGUGUCACAUCCUGCCCAGAGAUGACAGCCCUGCAGGGCUCCCCAGCACCCACCUUACCCUGCCCAGCGGUAGCAGCCCCGUGGCUGCUGGAAGACCCCCCCAAAGCCCGACACCCCUGGGAAAGGCGGGUGCAUGGCUGGGGGGAGCCAGUGGGUCCCAUGGGAAGGCACGAGCAGCAGACCUGGCAGUGUGA